UUGAAAAAAGUCACGUAGGCUUCCGUUUUAGGGAUUUUAAUUUUGUAAUAUCGCGACGCAAACCGUCAUUUGGACAGUUGGCAAUCGUAAAGAUGUACAAACAAAUGUGGACGCCGCGGGGUGUAUUGGAAAGCUGAAAAUUAAAUGAAAAAUUAAUCGAAAUUCGUUAAACAUUCGAGAAAAAGAAACUUUUAGACCUCAAGAGGUUAGUAAAAACUCUACCAUUAGCAACAAUGAGUGGUUAUUUCUUUGAUGUAGUGGAGUUUUCAGCCUCUUGGUCAUGGGCUCAAAACGAACAAAAAAGUCAAAACAAGAAUUAGAAGUGUUUGCGGAGAAGAACAGCAUGAAAAAGGACGACAGCAUGAUCGUCGAGCCAAGCGUUGGCGACAAACCCAUUGAAAACACCAGUGUUAUAUCAACUCCCGUGACCAAGGCCCCCAAACGAAAAAAGAAAACCGACGGCGGCGACGAAGUCCCCAAAAAAGUGAAAAAGACAAACGAAAACGACGGAAAGAAAGUCAAAGUGAGAAAGAAAAAAGUCAAAAGCGAGAACGAGGAAAAUAAACAAGUGCUGCUAAAUGGGGACAGCGGGGUCCAAAAAAGCAGUAAGAGCGACAGUCCAGAGAAAAAAAAAGAAGACAUCACAUGGCCGGAUGAAGACAUUGCUGAAUUAAUCGACCGGAUGGAAAACGGGAUUCCCGAUAGAGACGUCCUGGCUUACAGAUCUCGCGUGGAAAAAUUAAACUGGGACAAUGUAGCAUUCAAACAUUACACUGCCGAUGUGUGCAAGAAAACGUGGCUUUUGGUGCAGAAGAGGAUACGAAGAUUUAGAUUACUGAGGGAAGUGCUGAAUGAUGCCAGAGAUUGGAUUAGUACGCCACGAACAAACCAUAAACUGCCCAGACCGAAAAAACACCCGGAUAUGCCCAGGCGCCCGUUGUCGUCCUAUUUGUUGUUCUAUUUGAAGAAAAAGGACGAAAUUAUCAGUGAAAAUCCAGGUCUCGAUGGGAGCGAUCUCACGAAAAUUGUCGGUCAAAUAUACAAAAAUCUCCCGCCAGAAAAGCGGGAACAGUAUGAAAAAAUGGCCGCUUCAAAUAGAGAAGAAUACUUGGAGAAAAAGAAACUAUUUUUCGAAAAACACCCAGAAUACGUUCCACCACCCAAAUUCCAUUUAAAUAACAAAGUAGAAAAAGAAAAACCGAUCAAAGUCGAAAAGCACCCGUUACCUGAAAAAAUCCCGCCAAAAGUUGAAAAAGUCCCGCCUAAAGUGGAAAAAGAAAAAGUCGUCAAGGUAGAAAAGACACCAAAAGUGGAAAAACCGAGAACCACGAAAGACAAGUCAAAAGGGGACAGAAAACCGGGGAGACCCCCCAAAGCCCUAACCGGUGACAGACCACCCAAGAAGUUUCAAACACCAUUCGGGCUGUAUUUGGCAGCUGAACUAAAAAACAUGGAGUCAGGCGGAGACAAAACUGCCUUCAGAGAAAAGUGCAAACAACAAUACAAACAAAUGCCAGACAAAAAGAAAGUGCUGUGGAUAAACUUGGCAGAACAAGAUCUGAUUAGGUACCAGGAGGAAGUGAAAGCUUACAAGGCUAAGCACCCAGAUUUUAAGCCAUUUAAAGUCAAGUCUAUCCUCACCAAGCGCGAGAAAGUAUCAAAAGAACGAGCUUCCGGUAAACCUAUGAAACCUCCAAACUCGGCAUAUGCUCUCUACUCAAGGGUAAUGCUCCAAAGUGACGAAAUAAAAUCAGUGCAUCCAAAAGACAGAAUGAAUUAUAUCGCCGGUAAAUGGAAGACUUGUACAGAUGAAGAACAAAACACAUACAGAGAUCAAGUGGUUCAUCUAAUGGAACAAUACAAGCAAGAAUAUCAAAACUACGUUGAUAAUCUUCCCGAAGACGAAAAAAGAAAAAUUCUCCAGCAAGCCAGAAGAAAAAAAGGUAGAGGUCGAACGUCGAGCGGCAGAAGUCGAAAAACACGGAAACGCAAACCCGUUCCAAAGCCAGUACCAGAACCGCCUAAACCCAAAUUCACUGAACCUGAACAACCACCAAUAUCUGCAUGUAAAUACUUCGCAACGUUGUACACAGGAGACGGCGAUCCUGCGCAGGCGUGGAAAACGCUAAGCGCAGAAGACAAACGUAAAUACGAAGACGAACUAGUGAAGAAAAAACAUAUAUACAUUGUUGAGUUUGAAAAGUUCUUAAAAAGCUUGACAAAAGAGGAACUUGAAGCGUUCUCGAAGUCGCGUCAACAACAAGUACAAUCAGAUGAUGACGAGAGUUCUGAAUGUUCGUCUGAUUCGGAUGGCGACGACGACGAAGAAGAAGACGAUGGAGAAGAACGCAACGAAGAAAAUGGGGAAGUGCAUAAAGAAGAAAUUCACGACUCAGACAGUGAAUAAAACGGACUUCUCAUUUGUAUUGCGCGAGAUCUGGAGACGAAUUUUUUAAUAGAUGUCCAGUUUUGUUAGUUUUUACUAUAGUUGCGUUCAGAGUCUAUUUAUUUUUGUCCUUAUGUGGUAUUAAUUCAAUGUACUUGUUUAGUAGUGUUGUCGUUGCGUCAAAAACUCUAUAAGUAGUGUUUGUGUCAAUUUUAUAUAAAGUUUAUCAGAAAUGUAAAUAAACAUUAAUAUCCUGUAAAUAAGUAGGUACUAACAAGAUGUGUAAUAUAGCUAUAUAUAAUAAUGCCAUCGCCAUCUAUUAGACUUAGCUUCAACCUGAUACGUUAUUUAUUGUACUAUACAAAUUAUUUGAUAUUAUUUGUAGCAAAGAUCUCAGUUCCGUUUCUAGGUCUAAGAUCAUCAAAAUUUUGUACUUCAUAUUCGUAGUUAUAUUUUCAAAACUUAGUCACAUCUUAAGUACUCAUUCAUAUAUUUUUGUGAUUUAUGUCGUUAAUCUUAAUAAUUUUUAUAAACGCUCUGUUUUUGUAGAAUUUAAUAAAUUUUAAUAUUUGUAUUUACAUGCCAUAUUGAGAGUCCUCUUUAUAUAACGAACAGGUAAGAGUUUAAAGUGAAGUGUUUUGAACAUUGUCGUGUCUGAAGAAAAAGUAGAUCGUCGACUUAGAAAAGGGAGAAGGAAAAUGCACCCAAAUUAGCGAUUAAAUUAUAUUUUGUUGGUACAGAUUAUCAAACAAUUGGUGUCAAACAUUCAGUCGUACUAAUUGACAUUUAUUUCUAUUUUAUUUUGUGUUUAGUACGCUCAACGUUUAACGCCAAUUCGUCGUGACAAUCUGCUACUAUAUUACGUACUUGUAUUUCAGUACUUUUUUAUUAUAUAGUAAUCAUAACGAAUGAAUAAAAAUUUCAUUUA